CGAGAAACCAAUGACUAUAUGAUGUGCCUAUGUGAAUUUCCCACAGUUUUACUGUCAUCGUUCUUCUGUUUACUACAAACAUGUUUCAAUUUUAUCGUCAAAAUCUCACUUUUCUAUCUUAGCCCCUGUUUUCAUUGUAAAUUAUUAGUUUAUUGUUGUUAUCGUUGUUGGCUUUUUUUCUUCUAUUCGUUCGUGUUGCAAAAUUCGUUUGUUGUCGUCAAAAAACGACAAUAUCCAUAUUUGUUUCAGUGUAAAGGUGUGCGCUUUCGAUCGAAAAGAGAGAAAAAAAAAACCUGGGCGAACAUUUUCCGAAGUUAUAUGUGAUACAAACAAGCGAAGAAAUUUCGUGUGGAAAAAAAAUUCGGUUGUCUCCUUCUCUCCAUUAGAUCGGUGAAAUGUUUUUAGUGAAAUGCGUUUUUAAUCGAGUGUUCAGUAAAUGGAAAUUGCAAUGGAUGAAAACGAUUGCUAAUUAAGCAUUUGUUGUUUAUUUAUUUAUUUUUUAUUGUUGUUGAGUGCAUUCGAGUGUUGAUCGAUUAGUAAAUUGUAUUUUAUUUUUAUUGUUGUUGGAUGUAAAGUGAUACGAUGAAUGAUACAAAUGUUGAUGCUCCGGCUAUAAUGCGAAGACGUCGCCGCAUCGCACGUCAGCAACGUGAAAAAACGCCAGAACCAAUUGCGAAAAUUGGCGGAAUCAAACCAAAAUACUCCGAUGAUGAAAGCAGCAGUACAACAACAACAGCCACACCAAAUGAAUAUGAUAAAAGACGCACAAAUCCGGCAACCAUAAUACUGGGCACCACCAAAGUAAAGACAACAAAAACAACGUCAAACAGCAGUGGUGAAGGCAGUCACAGAAAUAGUAGUAAUGUUGCAUAUAGAGAGAAAAUUUUAAAUCGCAGAGAUCGUGCCAGUCGACCGAUUUCAAUAAUCCGAAGUCAAUCGACACCACGAGAAAUACCACCCGAUUCGCCAACAACCGAUGAAAAAGCGCCCAGCGAAACAAGCGGUAAUGUUGUACGAUUUUUUCGAAAGGCUAAACGUAGCUUGUCAAUACCUCGACGUCAUCAUGAUGUGGCUUGUGAAACAUCACCAAUUCGUACCCAUGAUGAGGUUAUAAAACGGUAUACAAAAUCGCCAAUUGUUAAAAUCGAACCAAAAACCGAUCCGAUCAAUGGCAAUGAUCAAAACAGUCGGCUUCGAAAAUUGGAAAUGAAUUUACAGCGGUUUGAAGAUGAGCGAAAGAUUUUCGCAUUGGAACGUGAGAAAUUUGAGCGUGAAAAACGUCAAAUCGAACAAAUGCGAUUCCAGCGUUUGCUUGAUUUUGAGCGAAAACGUUCGAUGCAACAGAGAGAACGUGAACAAUUAGCACACGAAGCGGCCGCCAUUGCAUUGGCCGAAAUCGAAAAACAGAGAAUUGUAUUAGAACAUCAACGGCAUCGAAGAAGCAAAAGUAAAUCAUCAUUUAAUGGAAGUACAGAAACGUAUGCUGAUGACUAUGAAUCAUCGACGGCCACAUCAUCUUCAUCACGUGCUGAUGAUUUCAAAGAUCACGAUUUUGCAAAUGAUAUUCCAUUUGAAUGUCUAGAUGAGUUGCCAAAUAUCGAACCCAAUUUCAAUUAUGAAAUAGAUGACGUUCAAACGGUUGCUGAAAUGGAAUCGCAUGUUGAUGUGCCAAAACAAUCGUUACUUUCACGUUUGAUUUUUGGCAAAGCAAAACCAAAGACAAUCACACCCAUUUCGAAUCGUAAAACAUAUCUUCGGACGCGCGUCGAUGAUGGCGGUCCAAUUUCAAUUCGUCGAAUCAUUUUCAUUGAAUCGCCAUUGGUUUGGCAUCAAGUAAUCGAAUUACAUCAAGACGAAUGGGACCAAAUGAUGCGCAUACGAAAUCGAUGCAUCGCCAAUUUUAUACUUCUUUGUAUAUUCUUUGGUGUUGGUGGUUUAAUGUUUCGUUUUAUUGAAGGUGCUUUUGAAAAUUUCUAUAAAUGUGGAGUUCGACGAGUGAAACGAGACUUUGUCGAUCACUUGUGGUCGACGAGUCAGGAUUUAAGCGAGGACGAUUGGAAAUCAUUGGCUCGCAGCAAAUUAAGAGGUUUUGAAGAGGAAUUGCACAGUGCACAUGAAGCCGGAUUGAGAUCGUACAGUGGACUUAAAUCGUGGACAUUCAUUAAUGGUGUCGUUUAUUGUAUGAGCGUCGUAACUACCAUCGGAUAUGGCCACAUUUCAUGUACAACAAAUACGGGUCGUGCCAUUACAAUUCUAUACGCAAUCAUCGGCAUACCAUUGUUUUUGAUCUUACUGGCGGAUUUUGGCAAGCUAUUCACAAGAGGCAUUAAAUUCAUUUGGUCCUAUGUCCGGCGACUGUAUUACACGGGUUCAAUGCGCAGAGUGAGAAAACAGGCACAAGUACAGGAGAUGAUUCGUGGAAUGAGUAUAGCAUAUGACAUAGCCACAUUUCGUCGUCCAAGUAUGAUGGCAAAAGAAUCUGAUUUGGAGCGUGCCCAAACGGCUACACCAACGGCUGGAACGUAUAGUGAAAGUCCCACCACCCCAAUGCCUCCCGAAAUGGAAAUUGACGAUGAAUUCAAUUUGCCCAUUUCGUUGGCAUUCUUCAUUUUGAUCUUAUACAUUUUGGCCGGUGCUGGUGUAUAUUCAAUUUGGGAAAAUUGGACAUUCUUUGAAUCUUGUUACUUUGUAUUUGUGUCAAUGUCAACAAUUGGCUUCGGUGAUUAUGUGCCACAGCAUCCAGCCCGAAUGAUGGCAAGCAUAAUUUAUUUGAUCUUUGGUCUUGCGUUAACAUCUAUGUGCAUUAAUGUUGUGCAAGUUAAACUAAACGACAGUUUUCGUCAUGCAAGUGCCAAGAUUGGUGCUACGAUCGGUCUUACUUUGGCCGAAGAAGAAGCACGCAGCUCACAAAAUCUCACACCGGUCCCGGAAAAUGCAUCGGUACACUCGUAUGGCAAAAAUUCAGACAAAGUUGAUUCAAAGCAUAGCAUUGACUCAGGCAACUAUGAUAAUGCUGAAUUUCGUGAUGGCAAAGUUUUGCAGGUCAGCGAUCCAAAACAACAACCACUUUUACAAAAGUCUGCCGACAAUAUAGAUGUGAACAAUAAAACGAAGCACAUUUAAUUUGUAAUUCACUUGUAUCUUGAUCUUUUUUUAAUUUAAUUGUGUGUCCUUUUUUCUGUUGAAAAACAAUUUAAAUUAUUAUAACAUCUUUUUGGAUUUUUAUUUUACGGAAUUUUCUCGUCGUAAUAAAAUAUCGUUGAUUAAACUUGUUAAA